UUUCUAGCCAGCCAUUGUUAAAAUCUCUGGACAGAUUCCUACUUAAUACAUUGGGGGAGGAAAAGAAACGUGGAUCUUUGUAGUAUUACAGCUUACCUGGAGAGAAAUAAGCAAGCGAGUGAGAAGUGAGGUAACUGAUACUUACGUACUUCCCUAGGAAAUCAAAUAACAUAUGUGACUGCCAUAGGGUUUGUGGGGGGAUUUGUUAUUAUUUUCUUUUACUUUCCAGUCUCUGGUGAGGUUGGCAUCUUGUUUCAUAGGUCAUCGGGGGUUUGUGCCACAUACAAAGGAUACAGACCUUUACAACUGGCAGCAAUCACAUACCUCCCCACUUCAUUCUUGUCUUGUUGCUAGAAGCCAGUUGUUAGGGUAACCGUGACGUUACUCUGGCAUGAGACCUUCACAACAUUCUCCACUUGAAGUAAAAGAGUAUGUAAUAAGUAGCAAACGUACUCAAGAAUUUAAAUGGCUAGUAUGUGAAGCUCCUUCAUACAUGCUUUUUCCUUUGCAAAGAUGAAGAACUCAAGCCUGAGCAAACUGGAAUCAAUGAAAGCCUGCAUGCAAGCCCUGCGUCUCUGGACUCUGCUUGCCACCUAUGCUGUUGCAGUAGGACAAAAUCAAGGACAGAAGAAUCAGGAGUGCCCUAAGCUCAACGCACAGAUGCCAGAGUUUCAGAAGAAGACUGUCCAUAUUAAGGACCCAGGGAGAGUAGAGGAGAUUAUCUGUGGCCUCAUCAAAGGUGGAGCUGCCAAACUUCAGAUUAUUACAGAUUUUGAUAUGACAUUAAGUAGAUUUUCCUACAAUGGAAAAAGAUGUCCAACUUGCCAUAACAUCAUUGAUAACUCUAAGCUCAUCACAGAAGAUUGUCGGAAAAAGUUAUUGCAGCUGAAAGAAACCUAUUAUGCCAUUGAAAUUGAUCCAGCUCUCACUAUUGAAGAAAAAUAUCCGUAUAUGGUAGAAUGGUACAAUAAAUCUCAUGCACUUCUCAUUGAACAAGGCUUACAAAAGGAUAAGUUUGCAGAAGUUGUGAAGGAAUCUGAUGUUAUGCUGAAAGAAGGAUAUGAGAACUUCUUUGAUAAGCUCAGUGAACAUAAUAUUCCUGUGUUCAUAUUUUCUGCUGGGAUUGGGGACAUUCUUGAGGAAGUUAUCCACCAAGCUGGGGUCUACCAUCCUAAUGUCAAAGUGGUUUCCAAUUUCAUGGAUUUUGAUGAAAAUGGGGUAUUAAAAGGAUUUAAAGGAGAAUUGAUUCAUGUUUACAACAAACAUGAUGGUGCCUUGAAGAAUACAGAGUACUUCAAACAACUAAAAGACAACAGCAACAUCAUACUGCUGGGUGAUUCUCAAGGGGACUUGAGUAUGGCAGAUGGAGUAGCAAACGUUGAACACAUCCUUAAGAUCGGCUAUCUCAACGAUAAAGUAGAUGAGCUUUUGGAAAAAUAUAUGGACUCUUACGAUAUUGUCUUGGUGAAAGAUGAAUCCCUGGAAGUUGCCAACUCCAUCCUACAGAAAAUCCUGUAAACUGCAGUCUCAAGUCACUCCAUUCCUUCCAGGAGGCAACUGGACAGAAGAGCAGCACAUUGGUGCUGUCUUAGAUCACUCAUUUACAGAACUAUUUAAUUUAAAACUUUUAUCUUUAUUUUGGUAUUUUGAAAUACAUAUGGCAUCCAUCGUCAACUAGAAGCUCCUUUUACUGCUCUUGUGGUGUUCUUUGUUGUCUCACACUCCUGUUAUAACUAGAUUUAAAUUGGAUUUAUAGAUGUGAUAAAGCGUUCCUGAUGGGAUAAUAUGGUUCAAUGUCUUUUAAUCAGGCAUUUCAGAGGAGCAUUUUAGAAACUGUGGCUAUUUUGUACCAUUGAAAAUGUGAACGUUCUGUGACUGAGCAGCGUGCACAUUUGUGUUUUCUUCUUUCAAAGAAGAGAUUUCGGUCUCAGCUGCACUUUGAAAGAUCUUACUCAUAUGCUGCAGACUUUCACACAAGUCUUUUCUACAUAUAUUUUUCAUCAGUAAAAAUGCUUUAUUCACCCAA